UAUAUAUUUCAUGUGUAUGUUUAUUGAGUGUACUACGCUAUUGGCUUAAGAGUAUGAUGAGAGAUCCUCGUCUUUCAGUUCUCUUACUAUUUGCCGUCUCCAUCUUCGCACUCUUCACCUCCCCCUCUUCUUCUAGAGAUAUGAAGCUGUACAUGCUCAACUGUAGAAAUCAUGAGUUGCAGCAAGUUCAGAAGAUUAUAAAUGGUGCAACAAGCAGCAAAGAUGAAAGCAAUGUAGCAAGGAGAAUUCUAAGAGGGAUAGGUUCAUCCCCACCACGCUGCGCAUCUAAGUGCGGCAAGUGCAGACCAUGUAGACCAGUUCACGUUCCGGUGCCUCCAGGGACACCCGUUACUGCCGAAUAUUACCCUGAAGCAUGGAAGUGUAAAUGUGGUAACAGGUUGUACACCCCUUAAACAAAAAAGCUAAAUACUCAAUCUUCAUACUAAUAUCCACAUAUUGGCUUCUCUUAUUUGCAUCACCGCAUGCUUCCUUUUGGCCUCGUUCUCACUGAUUACAUAGAAUUAGGGUACCAUACUAGUGUAAUGAUAUUGAAGAACAUGUGACACCGUCGAAAUCCCGUCUACUUUAUUAUUGGUUAUACAUGGUGAUUGAUUACCUAAUAAGUUCGCCAUACUCGCCAUUAUUAGUUAUUAUUGUAAAUAAAGUAGCAAAUAGUUCUAUUGAUUGUAAAUACUAAAUACUUGGUAUAAUAUUUCUAGCACCUUAUACAAGCUUGUAUAUACUUUGAAAAUCAAGAAGACCCUGCAUUUUAGUGGUGUAACAGCUUAUAUUAUGCAAUGUUCUGGAUGCCUCAAGUUCAUCUCGAAGUUU